GGGCCUGAGAACGCGCGCGUCGCCGCGGCGGGAAAGUUCUGAAAUUACGGAGGAGGCUCCCGGUGCCGGCUUCUUUCGGUCCCUCCCCCCCCUUCCCCUCCCGCCCAACAAUUGGAGCUUUCCCGGAGACGACCACCCGCCUGAACAACACGACUGUUUAAAGUUCUGCCUUUUCUCUCAUGAGAUGGCUCAGGAUACACUAGACACAUCUUUGAACUUUGAGUUUUGGCUGAAUAAGGCUGUUGCGUGGGGCCAGGCUACUACUUUGGAAUCCCAGCAAGAUGUCUGCCUUCACCUGCCUCAAUUACAGAAGUUCCUGCAGCAGAUUUAUGAAACCUUGAAACAUAUGGAUUUUCAUACAGCUAUUCAGAGAUUUCCCUUAAUUGGUCAGUUGCUGGGAAGGCUUUGCUGGAAUCCUUUUGUCAUAGGAUAUGAUGAAAACCAGAAAAUUCUAAUGUGGUGCUUAUGUUGUCUGUACUGCAGUGAACCAUGGAAUACUAUAGAGUUGGAAGUCAACAUCUGGAUAAGGAGUUUAUUAUGCCAUCUACUUUCAUCAUCCAAACUUGGACUUAAUGAAGUUGGAACUGUUAGUCAAGCUCUUGGGUAUACAUCUCCAGAUUAUUAUCCUAAAUUGCUAAAAAAUAUGGUCUUAUCAUUAGCGAAUGAACUCAGAGUGAAUCAUCUUAAUGGAUUUAGCAUUGGAAAAACAAUUCCAGACAAACAAAUAAAGGCCAUGUCCUUGCUUUGUAUUCCACUCCUCACUUUGCCAGAUAUCUUACCCUUACUGGAGGCUUUGCUUACCUACCAAGGAGAUGAGUCUAAGGAAAUCCUUUGUUCUGAGUUUUUAGAAGGUGUAAAUGAAUCCUUUUUGCAGAAGAAGAUUGCCCUUUCUGAAUCAGCUGUACUCUCUCUCUGGCUUCGUCACCUUCCCAGUCUGGAAAAAGCAACACUGCAUCUUUUUGAAAAUUUAAUUUCUAGGCACAGAAAUGCCUCUCCAGAAGAGAUGGAAUGCUUUAUAAAAGAUUCAUUACUGCCACAAGCAGCUUGCCAUCCCAGCAUAUUCAGAAUUGUUGAUGAAAUUUUUUGGAAUGCACUACUAGAAACCAAUGGGACAUCAGAAGUAUUGACUGUUAUUCAAGUAUUUACACGAUGCUUUGUUCAAGCCUUCCAGAAAAAUAAUGAUCAGCUGAAAUUUCCACUUAAGUCCUACUUUCCUUAUACCUCACCAUCUCUUAUCAUGGUAUUACUCCAAAACCCAAAAGAUUUACCACGUGGACUUUGGUGCCAGCACUUGAAUCACAUUUCAGAAAUACUCAAAAAAAUAGUUGAAGACCAGAGUACUCAAUCCUGCAGAAGUCUCUUUGAACACUGGUUUUUAUUUAUUCAUUUUGGAGAAUGGGCCGAUAUUGCUGCUGAGGAAUUACUGAUGUUGAGAGCUGAAUCCCCUGCAACUUUGUUGUGGCUCUUGGCCUUCUACUAUAACCCACAUGAUCAAAAUCAACAGAGGACUCAGACAAUGGUAGAUGCAGCGGAAGCACACGGGCAUAUCAUGAAACUCUUCGGCAGAACUCCCCUCUCAGUGAAGGAUUUGCAGGAUGUGACAGACACAAGACACCCUCGUAUUCAACGGUUAAUCAGGCAUCUCCUUUUAAAUUUCCUGCUGUUGUCUCCUGACGGAUAUAAGAUUGCUCAAGAAUUCAUUAUAACUCAAACUGAUGAAAUAGCCAGUGAGCUUUUGAAUCUCAUUGCCCGUAUUACAUACAGAUGGAAUCGUCUUGGUGUUGAAACCCAAAGACCAGCAAAAUUGGCAAAAGACCUCCUUCAAGAACUACAGUGUUACACAAUGAAAAGUGAAUUCUUGUAAUAAUUUAUCAUUUAUUGCCAUCAUUUUUUGUAUGAAAUUGUUUCCUCCAUGUUUUUAGAACUAGUAAAAGGAGUUUAGCUUCAUAACUCAUAGUUGUGAGUCUUGAAAACUAAUCAGUCAACAAGUAUUUAUGAAGUAUCUACUGUGUGCCAGGCAGUGUGGAUACAGUGUGUGUGUGUGUAAUAUGAAAAGAAUGAAUAAAAAUCGACACAAAGCAGUUAAAGAUAAGGGGGUUUGGGAGGGAGGACAGUAGCUGUUAGAGAGAUCAGGAAAGCUUCAUGCAGAACGUGGUGCUUGAACUGUGUCUCACGGGAGGUAGGACUCAAUGAAACAGGUAAAGCAGGACAGUCUGCGCCCAUCUGGCUGGAACAGAGGUCCAGUGGGGCCAGAAAGAUAGGUUUGGGCCAACUUGGUAGGACUUUAAAAGGUAAAGAGAAGAGUUUACGAUUUUUGAACUCGAUUUUUUUUUUUUUUUUUUUUUUGGCUAUGAGAAGUGAGGGAUGUCAAAUGUAAGAGAUGUGAAAGUAGCAAUAACUAACAAGGUUGGUGAUUGGUCAGCUAUGUGGGGGGUAGGGUGAAGAGUCUAGCAUAGUGCCAAGAUUAAGAACUUGGGAAGGUUUUGAGGAAACAUAGUGAGCUCAGUUUUGUACAUGUCUCUGGGAUAGCCUGUUACGGGAUUGAAGCUCAAGAAGGUCUGAAACUGGAUGGAGAGAACAUGGAUGAGUCAUCCGCAGAUAGGUGAGAUUUCAGUGUAAAGGAACCGAUGGAGCUACCAAGGGAAAGAUUAGAGAGAGAAGCAGAGCGCCGAGGACAAACCAAGAAAAUUCUCUUAGAUGAGAGGCUUGAUAAGGAUAAUUAGCCAAAUGAAAAUAAGGAAUGGUCAGGCAGGUAAGAGGAGAGAGCAUCCAAUAUGACACAAGGGUCAGUUGUGUCAAAUAUAGGAAAUAAAUUGAGAAAGAUAAAAGGAGGGGAAUCAAAUUUGGCAAUUAAAAGUUUUUUUUUUAAGUGCUUAAAAAUAGGAAAAGAAGGUUCUAUUAUAUUCCAUGAUUCAGAUAUAAUCUUGAUACUUAAACUAAGGAGAAUCAAAACAAAAACAAUGACUGAUGCAUAUUCGUUCAAUCCAUAAAUCUUUAUUAAUCACUUACUGUAUGUUAGGCACUGUGCUAAGAUACAAAAAGAGGCAAAAGAUGGUCUUCCACUUCCAAGGACCUCACACAAAAUUUUAAAUGAAAUAUUAGCAAAGAGAUUACAGCAACAUAUAAAGAUUACAUGAUAUAUAACCAGUUUGAAUUUCUACCAGGAAUGUAAGGUUGAAAACCUUUUGACAUGAUAGACCUGUUAUUUUAUUAAUAUAUAUAUAUAAAAGCCUUUUGACAAAAUUCAACA